CACAGAGUAUCCCCUCUGCCCCUCCCCAGGCCUGGGCAAGGUGCAGCCCUGGAUGUCUGCAAUCUUAACUGCUGUGGCUGUGCUUCCGUUCCAUCCCCUGGGCGGUCCCUCCUCCUACUCACUGCCUUGCCCAGUGCCACAUUAAGGCACUUUCCUCCACAGGCUGGCUGGCCACCAUGGUGCCCUUGAAGCCACUGCCUGGGGCCUGCCAGACUCCACUCAUCUCCCUGCUUCUGGUCUGCUGUCUGCUGCCCCUAGGUGCCCAGAGACAGGAGUUCUCACUGCAGGUGGAGCCCCAGGACAUGGUGGUGUCUGCUGGAGGGUCCCUCUUGGUAAACUGCAGUACAGACUGCCCCCAUCCUAAAUCCAUCACCCUGGAGACCUACCUGUUCAAGGAGACAGUGGGCAGUGGCCUGGGCUGGGAAGCCUUCCAGCUCAACAAUGUGACUGGUGACAGCAAGGUCCUCUGUUCUGUCUUCUGCAAUGGCUCCCAGAUAACAGGCUCUUCCAACAUCACAGUAUACCGGUUUCCGAAGCGUGUGGAGCUGGCACCCCUGCCACCCUGGCAGCCCGUGGGUGAAAACCUCACCCUGCGCUGCCAGGUGGAGGGAGGGGCACCCCAGGCCCACCUCUCCGCGGUGCUGCUCCGCGGGGAGGAGGAGCUAAGUCGGCAGCUGGCCGUGGGGGAGUCUACUGAGGUCAUGGCCACAGUGCUAGCACGCAGAGACGAUCACGGUGCCAAUUUCUCUUGCCGCUGGGAACUGGACCUGCGGCCCCAAGGGCUGGGGCUGUUCCAGAACAGCUCGGCCCCCAGGCAGCUCCGAACCUUCGUCUUGCCUGUAACGCCCCCGCGCCUCAUUGUCCCUCGGUUCUUGGAGGUGGGAACAUCCAGGCCUGUAGACUGCACCCUGGAUGGGCUGUUUCCGGCCUCAGAGGCCCACGUCCAACUGGCGCUGGGGGACCAGAUGCUGAAUUCCUCCGUCUCGAGCCAAGGGGACACGCUCACCGCCACCGCCACCGCGACAGCGAGCACAGAGGAGGGCGCCUGGGAGAUUGUCUGCAACGUCACCCUGGGGGGAGAGAGCCGGGAAAUCCGAGAGAACUUGACAAUUUAUAGCUUCUGGGGGCCCAUCAUGAACCUGAGCGGACCCAUCAUGAACCUGAGCGAGCCCACCGUCCCUGAGGGGACCACAGUGAAUGUGACCUGCGCAGCCGGACCCCGAGUCCAGGUCACGCUGGACGGAGUUCCGGCCAAGGGCCCGGGUCAGCUCGUCCAGUUUCAGUUAAACGCCACGGAGAAGGACGACAGGCGCAGUUUUUUCUGCAAAGCCACCCUCGAGGUGGAUGGGAUGAUCUUGCACAGGAAUAGGAGCGUCCAGCUGCGUGUCUUGUACGGUCCCAAGAUUGACCCGGCCAGAUGUCCUCAGCACUUGAUGUGGAAAGAAAGAAGGAUCCAUGUCCUGCAGUGCCAGGCGCAGGGCAACCCGGACCCCCAGCUACUGUGUUUGCAGGAAAGCUCCGGGGUCCAGGUGUCUGUCGGGAUCCCAUUCCGCGUCACAUUAAACUACAGUGGUACCUACUUCUGCCGAGCGACCAGCUCACAGGGCACACAGACACUGACCGUGGUGAUGAACGUUCAGGUUCGGAAACCUCUCUCCGUCACCAUCGCCAUGGUGGUGUUAACAAUCCUCGGCUUCGCGAUCGUCACCGCAGCCUUCCUGUACGUCUUUUGGGUGCAGAAGCAAAGUGCCAUCUACCAUGUGAAUCGGGGGAGCACCUGGUUGCCCCUGACGUCUAAACAGCCCGACGAGGCGCUGGGGGAGGAACCAUCCUGA